UUUACAAGCAUGGAACCAGAUUUAAUUGUCAACAGGACUUCUAAUGACAUGCAUCCCUGCUACGAAUUGUACGAUUCUAUGUAUAUAUUUACAAGCAGUCCUUCCAUUAUAUGUGUAGUUUUAUAUAUCUUCCUUGGUUCAUUAUCUCUUUUCACAGUAUGUGGAAAUCUUCUUGUAAUUGUCUCCAUCAUUUAUUUCAAACAGCUCCACAUCCCGACAAACUAUCUCAUCCUCUCUCUGGCGAUGGCUGACCUGCUGGUCGGAGUUUUAGUGUUUCCUUUUAGCAUGGCAUUCACUGUGACCUCAUGUUGGUAUCAUGAGGGUUUAUUUUGUAAAGUGCGAGGGAGUUUUGAUGUGACACUAAGCACAGCUUCUAUUCUAAAUCUGUGUUGCAUUUCCAUUGACAGAUAUUAUGCAGUAUGUCAGCCUUUGACAUACAAAAGUAAAAUAAAUGAUCGUGUCACAGGGUUGAUGAUUCUGCUGAGCUGGGGAGUUGCCUCUCUGAUUGGAAUUGGAAUCAUAAUUGCAGGUUUUAAUCAAGGAAAAUGUGAAAACAGUUGUUUACUUGAUGCUCUCAUAUCAACCACACUGGCGUGUAUUUUUUCCUUUUAUAUCCCAGUUGUAAUUAUGCUCAGUAUCUACCUAAAGAUUUACCUUGUUGCACAGAAACAAGUGAACAGCAUCCAAAACACAACCUUUCAGACCACAAAGUCCAGAGCAGCUGUCAAUAAGACAGAGAGAAAGGCCACCAAAACUCUGGUUAUUGUUAUGGGAGUUUUUCUCUUAUGUUGGACUCCUUUCUUCAUUUGUAUGGUCUUUCAGCCUUUAACACACAGUGUAACACCUAUAGCUGUGAUUGAAACACUUAACUGGCUGGCAUUGUCCAAUUCGAUGCUGAAUCCCUUUAUUUAUGCUUUCUUUUACAGCUGGUUCAGGUCAGCUUUCAGAAUCAUCCUUUCAGGAAAAAUAUUCCUGGGUGACUUUGCAAACACAAAACUGCUUUGA